AUGGGCACUCUCUCGCAUGCUGCGAUCGCCCCCAGACUCGCCGCCCUCCACCACCACCGCGCUUCCCAUGGACUUUCGCAUCCGAGUUCGCCAUCUCUGAGGCUGCCUGCUUCCAAUGGAGUUGCCAAGAAGAGCCGCGUCGUCUUCGCUCAGAGCAAGAGCCACAACAAGGACAUCGAUUUCAGCGAUCCUGACUGGAAAUCCAAGUUCCAGAGGGAUUUCGAGAGGCGCUUCAACAUCCCUCACAUCACUGACGUAUUCCCCGAAUCUGUUCCCAUUCCUUCCACCUUCUGCCUCAGGAUGAGGACUCCGGUGAUAGAAGACUUUGCAGGGGGCUACCCAUCAGAUGAAGAGUGGCAUGGUUACAUAAACAACAACGACCGCGUACUUCUCAAGACUAUAUACUAUUCGUCACCUACAUCUGCUGGUGCUGAAUGCAUUGAUCCUAACUGUACGUGGGUGGAGCAAUGGGUUCAUCGUGCUGGGCCUCGAGAAAAAAUAUAUUUUAAACCGGAAGAAGUGAAAGCAGCGAUUGUAACAUGCGGAGGGCUAUGCCCUGGUCUUAAUGACGUCAUCAGACAGAUUGUCAUUACACUUGAAAUAUAUGGAGUAAAAAAGAUUGUGGGGAUUCCUUAUGGUUACCGCGGAUUUUCUGACAAAGAAUUAGCUGAAAUGCCACUAUCAAGGAAAGUGGUUCAAAAUGUUCAUCUUUCUGGAGGAAGCUUGUUAGGAGUUUCACGUGGAGGUCCCAGUGUUAGUGAAAUGGUGGACAGUUUGGAGGAAAGAGGAAUCAAUAUGCUUUUUGUUUUGGGUGGAAAUGGCACACAUGCUGGAGCUGACGCUAUACACAAUGAGUGCCGUAAAAGACGGUUAAGAGUGGCUGUAGUUGGUGUGCCAAAAACCAUAGACAACGAUAUUUUGCUAAUGGACAAAACUUUUGGGUUUGAUACGGCUGUUGAAGAAGCACAACGUGCAAUAAGUUCAGCAUAUAUUGAGGCACAUAGUGCUUACCAUGGCGUUGGCAUUGUGAAAACUGAUGGGUCGUAG